CAAUGCUGCUGAUAACUAACGUAAUGUGUACGAUUUGUUGGCAAUGGAGGCCUGUCUGCGACAUGGCCUCCCAUUUCCAAAUAGCUUUAAGAUCAGCCACUAAGCAAUUCGAUCAAUAAAUUGUAACCACUCUGACUAGAAUCAAGCAUGUAACUCCUCUGAUUUGGCUGCCUGCUUUCAGCAAUCAAGUAGUCCAUGUAAGUCCAUGUAGAUGGAUGCCUAGUAGGCGUUGGGCAUUCAUGUCAGUAGGCAUUCCACAUUGCAGCAGACAUUUGCUAACCAAACUUGGGAACACACACACACGAAACAAACAAAAAAAAAUCACUUUCGAUAGCAAAUAUUCCGAAAAAGAACCAAUUACAAAAUCAAACACAAAAUAAAAACAUUUCGGAAAAAUUUAGGAAAUUUCCAAAUUCUCCCAGAUAAUCGAAAAUCAAGUGCAAAAUAUAGAAACCAAAACCCCACACACCAUGUCGUCGUAUCAAAUCAAAUCGACGCCCUACUUUCGGCGCAUGUUCAACAAGAGCAAGAAGAAUGGCCAGCUGCAGCGAUUGAGGGAUGAGUAUGAGCGCAUCCAGGAGUUCAACGAUCGCACCAUCGAGCUGAAGAUGCGGCAGGUGCGACUGAAGCGGCUCUUUCGCGAGAUCGAGGUGAUCAACGUGGGCGGCGGUCCGUCGACGUCCAGUGGCGCCAGCAGCGGCACAACGCCACCAAUUCACAGUACUCCUGGUACUGCUGGUGCUAAUGGUACUGAUGGUGGUGGCGGUGGCGGUGGCGUUCAUGGUGUUGGCCAGUCAGCCAGUUUAGCCGGCGGACGCAUUACCCGCCGGAGGCAACAGCAUGCCAACAGGCUGGCAAACACCACGCCCCAACAGCGGAUGCACGUGCAGCGCAUGGAGACGCUGGCCAAAGCGCGGCUGCUGGGCCAGGAGAUAUCGCGUCGGAAUGGCCAAAUGUCCGAGGCCGGCACCGGCGGUUUCCUGCGCAGCGAGCUCCGGAUGACGGCCAAAAUGCAGGCGGCGACCAAUGCCCGGCGUGCGGCCGUGGAGCGACGUGAGCGGGCCGCCAAGCGGAUCACCUACGGCAAUGAUCAGUCGCGCCAGAAUAUGCAGCGAUUGUUGCUCCUCCGCCAGCGACAGGCGACGACGGCGGCAGCGGCGGCGACGGCGGAGACGGUGGCCAGGCACUCCCUUCCGCAGGCCAAUUCCCAGGUGCCCAUAACGCAGCAGCUGCCCAGGCAGGACGUCAGGCCAAGUCAUCUGUAUCCGGAAUACCGCCAACUGACGCCCAGUCAGAUGCGAUUGCUGGCUGUGACCAGUGGCGGAGAAUCGGUGGAUGGACAGCUGCGGGACCAGGGCGAUAGUCUGCAAACUGAAGGCGUGCGGCGCACGUACUCCGAGCAGAGUUUCCAUUCGGAGGAUUGGCUAACGCCAUCGAUGGACGAUGUGGAUAGCGAGCAGGAGCGCCAAAUGUGCGAGAUGCGGCGCCAAUUGCGAGGUCGGCGGGAGGUCGAGAAUGAGGAGGAGGAACUGCAGCGCAGCCUGCGUAUGCUGCACAAGGGCACGCCAGCAGUGCGGCGCUCCCACGUAUCCCAAGUAUCCUUCAACUCGACGGGCAUGCAGACGACGAAUACCACCAGGCACACCACUCGCACCACUGUCACCACUGCCAGCAAUCGCACCACUGCCACGUUGGUCACGGCAGCUACAUCGCCAGUGAAUGUGAAGCCCCCAUGCGAGGAUCAGGUGGCUUCCUGCUCCUACUCCGCCACCAUAGCAUCGCAUCAGCCCAGUGGCACAGUGCCGCCGCAGCUGGACGAUGAGCUGCAGCAGGAUUCGCUGUCCAACUCGAGCAGAUGGCAUCAGGUGUUGCCCUGGUUCAGUGCCUUUCCCAACAUCCCCACCAAUUAUCCCGCCGCACCGCCACCCCAUGUGCCCAGGAGCUGUGAUUCCAGCAACGACGACGAGUUGACACCGCCGCCAUCUGCUCCACAGCGUAUGUACUGCGAGCCGCCGAAUGAUGCGGCCACGCAGGCGGAGGAGGAGCCAUUCCCGUCCACCAACUACCAACUCCUGCUGUCCGCCAUCAAGUUCACUGAAACAGGCCCGCGUUAGAUGCACUGCAGCACGAUUGCCCUGCCCAGGUAACGAUUGUUGCAUUCCAAAUGCCAAAUUUGAUGGCAGCAUCUGUGCCGGCUGCAAAAUCACUUAUUUCCAGCUAGCAGCCGAAGGUAUCGAGGCAACAUCCAAAUUUACACAACCUUUUCGUUUCUUUAUUUGGUAAUAAAAUUUAAGGUAUGAGCAAAAAAA